AGUAAAGGAAUAAUUAUGAAUGUCUCAGUGGAGAAUGGCAUCUACUCACCUGCAUCCCAUGAAGAGGACAUGUUCUUUACCAUCUUUUACAUCAUUGUUCUCAUUGUUUCUGUUCCGUGCAAUGUGCUGGCCUUAUGGGUUUUCUUUCAUAGCAAGCGCUCCUCCUCUUCCAAGGUGUUUCUGCUGAAUCUGGCUAUAGCUGACAUGUGUUAUGUUUUGGUACUGCCCAUGCGUGUGAUUUAUCAUGCUUCAAACAGUGCCUGGCUGCUUGGAGAUGCAGCUUGUCGCCUGGUGGGAUUCCUGUUCUUCAUAAAUCUCUACUGCAGCAUGUACCUCAUAACUUGCAUCGGCCUGGACCGCCUGUUUGCCCUUAGUCUGCCCCUGAAGUACCAGUCCCUGAGGAGAAGUAAAAAUGCUAAAGCGGUAUGUGCUAUUUUGUGGGUGUUGGUGACUUGUUCAAUGGUCCCUGUGCUCAUUUCUUCCCAAACGGAGAUCAGGAGGCCAUCAGGGAGGAAUGUCACGCAUUGUAAUCAGCUAUACUUGGAGAAAAGUUCUUUUAAAGCCCUUAUCUCAACAGCAGUUGCAAUCACUAUUCCUCUGGUCACUCUAAUGGUAUCUUACAUGCUUAUUUUUCUCAAGCUUAGAGUGAUGACAUUUCACCAGAGAACAUCUGGCCAAAUUAAAGCAGUCAGAAUGAUCGUGCUGACACUGGCUACCUUCAUAGUGGCCUUUGUGCCCUAUCAUGUGCACCGUUUGCUUUAUAUUGAGCACCACUUACACAACAAAUCUAGUAAUGAAGAUAGAUCUUUGGCCUUUGCUAACCGCUUAACUUCUGCUCUCACAUGUGUUAGUGGUAUAAUGGAUCCAGUUAUGUACUUCUUCCUGGCUCGUAAUUACCAGACGACUCUGCUACAGCUUUGUGGAAAAGCAACAAACCAAGACAGACGACAGUCCACAACCUGAACUUGACACUUCUCACUGGACAUAUUUACAAAGCCUACAUUUAAUAUAAGUGCAUAAUAAAAAAAAAACCCAUAAUAAUAGUCACUGAAACAUUUUUUAAAAAAGAAUACUAUCUACUAAUUUUGUGCAAAGAAGCACAACC